AGAAAAAUAUGGAUUCAUGUUGUCUGAAUAAAGAUCGCUCACGCAAAAAAUAACCAUCAUCUUGUAUUCAUUUUUUUGGCUUAAGAUCAUUAUUCUUGGUUGCCUCAUCACCAUGCCCUCCAUCUCUCCUUGUUCUUUUUCACUCCGUAUUCAGAGUCUACGUUGAAGCUUCGACUAAAUUUAAUCGUACACGGUAGAGCCCAUUAUGGGAGUGAAUCUUCUAGUAGGAUUUUUUCCAUACCAAAGGCUCAAAUUCGAAACCUCUAAUUAAAGAUGGAGUAGUCUGAUCGUGGUGCAUGCCCCCAUCUCAAUCUCCCCCACCCCCACACACAAUCUUCUUCACCUAUAUAUACUUACUUCCCUGUUCCAGUUUUUGUCAUCUUCACUUCCUACUCAAAAAAAAUAAAAAGUAUAGCAGCAUUUCUACAAAAAAAAUUCACUACCAAUCCCCUGUUUUCUAGCCAAAAUCAUUUGGAUUAAUUUUAGUUGGUUGGAAGUUUAAUUCCAUCAAUGGCUGCUUCUGGAUUUGAAGGAUUUGAGAAGAGACUUGAGCUACACUUCUCUGGCGACGAUCCUGUGAUCGAAAUGGGAGGUUUCCGGCAACUAGAUUUUUAUUCCUUGGAGCAAGUACUACAUGCUGUGCAGUGCACAGUAGUGUCAGCUGUUUCGAAUCAAUAUUUUGAUUCUUAUGUACUAUCAGAAUCAAGCCUCUUUGUAUAUCCUACCAAAAUAAUCAUCAAAACUUGUGGAACCACCCAGUUGUUGAAAUCGAUCCGUCCGUUCAUCCAUUUCGCGUGCCAAAUGGGACUUAUAAUAACAGAGUGUAUGUACACUCGAGGAAAUUACAUUUUCCCGAAAGCACAACCGUACCCACACACAAGUUUCAAAGAAGAAAUCUCUUAUUUGCAGGAUCAAUUACCUAAUCAUCUUUGCUACAGAAAAGCCUCUGUUAUGCCUUCGAAAUUCACUUCACAUUCAUGGCAUGUUUUCUGUGCUUGUGAUAAGUUUUACCCAAUUCCAAUUCCCAACGAUCGGUAUACAGUGGAAAUUUGUAUGACGGAUCUCGACCAGGUACUUGCCCGGAAGUUUUUUAAAAAUCCGGAUACAACCGGAAAACAGAUGACGGAGGUGACCGGAAUCGGAGAAAUCAUUCCGAGUGCUUUGAUUUGUGAAUUUGCUUUUGAUCCUUGUGGAUACUCAAUGAAUGGGAUUGACGGAGAUCGUUACUCUACCAUUCAUGUGACGCCGGAAGAUGGUUUUAGUUACGCCAGUUAUGAGUGUGUGGGAUCAAUUUAUGAUGAGGACGACAUUGGUAAGAUUUUGAAGAAGGUGGUUCAGGUUUUCCGACCGGGGACGAUGUCAGUGUCCACUACGUGUUCGAGCAGCAGCAGCGAGAUUUGUACCAGAAUUGUUAAAGCCGUCGAGCCACUAGGGAUGAAACGGCGGAGUUGCACCAUUGAUGAAUUCCCAGCUGCCGGAACUGUUGUGUUUCAAACUUUUACGUUGACGGGAAAUAGGUGAAUUGUCAUGCUUAAUAUAUCGAGUUUAAAUUCUAAAUUCGUAUAAUCUUAAAGUGGUGUGAGCGGGGGGAAAAGGUUUGAAAAAAUAUAUGGCGGAAGUAAAGGACUACUAUUUUUACUUGUCUUAUUUAUUUAAUGUUAAUAAUUAUUUAGAGUUUAGUUUGAAAUAUUUAAGGUGACUUGAUAUAUUAU